AUGGCCCAGCCGUCGCCUGCCUUUGCGACGCCCUUGCCCCAGUCAAAUCGAUCCGAGGUCCUCGAGUGGCGCUUCCCCAAGCCCUACCAUCAAUAUGUCCUGACGGGAAAGUCACGAGCCGCGUGGCACACGUCCUUCGUCAUCCCACAGCUCAAUCUCCUACUCGACGCCGGUCUUGUCGUCAACAAGGAGCGCCCCAAACACAUCUUCCUGACCCACGGCCACAGCGACCACGUGCUCCUCUCGCCCGCCUUUGUCAAACGCGAAGACCCGCCAGACAUCUACUGCCCCGUCGAGAUGAAGAAGUUCUUCGACGACUACAUCCUCGCCAAGACCAUGAUGAACCGUGGCGGCCACAUCCAGUACGACGAGGCUGAGGCCCGCGGUCUGCCCGUCGACAAGGACGCCCCCGACGUGGACGACGACGGCCGGACGCCCUCGCAGCGGGCCUUUCUCGGCACGCACGUCACGCACCCCGUCGUCCCUGGCGACGAGAUCCCCCUGCGCCGCCUCAAGGGCAUGAGCGCCUCCGUCUUCCGGUGCGACCACAACGUCCCCUGCGUCGGCUACGUCUUCAGCACGACGACCCACCGCCUCAAGCCCGAGUACACGUCCCUCGCGGGCCAGGAGAUCAAGGCCCUGCGCACCUCGGGCGUCGACAUCACGGCCCCGCACACGAGCCCCGUCUUUGCCUUCCUCGGCGACACGACGGCCUCCGUGCUGGCCGCGGAGCCGCCGUGGCUGCGGGACGGCAUCCCCGUCGUCAUCACCGAGUGCAGCUUCUUGUACGAGGAGCACAAGGCCCAGGCCGAGAAGACGAAGCACACAUACUGGCCCGAUCUCGAGGCCGUCGUGCGCAGGUGGCCCAAGACGACGUUCAUCAUUAUGCAUUUCAGCAUGCGGUACAGCGACGAGCAGGUGUCGGCCUUUUUCAAGGGGCUGCGGGAUCCGCCUAAGAAUAUUGUCGUCUGGGUAGAUGGGGAAGCGUAG